AUGACUUUGGAAACUGUAUAUGCCAUUUAUCCAUUUGAAGCUGAACAUGAUGACGAGGUUCCUUUUCAAAUGGGGGAACCAAUUGCAGUAUUGGAAAAAGAUGAUUUGUAUCGGGAUGGCUGGUGGAGGGGAAAAAAUAUUUAUGGGCAAAUUGGACUUUUCCCAAAGGAUUAUACAACGUACGAGAAACCAAUUCCAAAAAAUGUAUCAUUGACUCCUGUAAGUAAUGAUAGCAUUAAAACAAGUUCACAUCAAUUGUCGCCAAUAUCGGCUAUUAAUAUGCGUGGAUCAGAAUUGGAUUUGUCUUCGGCAUCUUUGAGGAUGCCAAGCCCAUCUAUUGAUGAGACAAUAGAUGAUAUACAGGAUAAAUUACAAAGGAUGGGAGUUAGAACUGAGGAAGAAGAAAUUUAUCAGUAUAAGUUAAAUCAACAAAAUCUAUGGUCGCCAAAAAACGGACAUUCUAGUAAAUUUCCCAUGACAUCAUCAUCGGAGUCUAGCACUACAAGUAGUCGGAUUUCAUCAUUAGAGAGACAACAUAGUUCUCCGUCACGAUUUGAGUCAGUAGGUAAUACGAAGAAAGUUGAAAGAUCUUCUGAGAGACAAGUAGGUGGACAUCCAAUGUCCUGGGACGUGGAUCAAGUAUGCAUGUGGUUAACAGAGAAGGGAUUCGAAUCGGAAAUACAUCAUUUUAUCGAGAAUGACAUCACAGGUGAUGUGCUUCUUGGGUUGAGCUUAUCAACAUUAAAAGAGUUGGAUAUAAACUCAUUCGGUAAACGCGUUCGCAUAAUGAAUAUUAUUACCGAACUUAAAUCUCAUUAUAGCGAAAACGAUGAUGUAUCAGACUUUGAAGAAUUUAAUCAACAUCCCACAACAUUUUAUCCCGACUCGUCGUUAUCCCCGCAGAAUGGGGUAUAUUCUAACCAAGCCAUGAAUUCAAGUGGAAGUUUAUUUAAUAAUUAUGGCAUCAUACCAAAUAAUUUGUCGCACAUUGAUGAUCUGGUUGCCUUUCCUAAGCAAUUAAUGGAUGCUCAAAGAAAUUCUUCUGUCACAAAGAAUGUUCCGCCUACGUAUUAUACGUACUCUCGGCGAGUUGGUGAUGCGGAAGGUUCAAACAUCGAGACGGUUAUAAAAUCACCAAAUAAGAAAAGCGGUAAAUUUUUAUCAAAAUUGAAUUUUUCGAAAAAUAAGGAUAGGAAUAGUAUGAAUAAUACGAGUAAAAAAGAGAAAGCACGAACGAGCACUGGAGGAGGCGGCUGGGAAUUCAAGAAAUGCAAUGAAGAGUAUAUGAAAGACAAAAUAAUGAAAAGUAAAUCAGCCGAGGAGGAGUCUGCGUCAUCACCAGAGAUGGAGAAGCACCGAUUAAAGUUCAUGUCCAAUAAAAAAAAUAAACCUGUCUUGGAUCGAGGUAGCUUGGUCGGAAAUCAAUUAGGUCUCCCUAAACAAUCAUUAGAGGUGAAUUCCAAUUCAACAUUACAUGAUCGUAAAAAUAUUAAUUAUUCCUUGGAGAACAUUGAUGAUAAUGAAAAUUUGAGCGAGGAAGCGGUUGAAUCAAUUGGAGAACCAGAUCAUGAAGGAUGGUUGAAGAAACAAGGAGAUAAAUAUAAGACAUGGAAUUCACGUUAUUGUAUAUUAAAAGGGAUUAAUUUUUAUUACUUUAAGAAUGAUAAGGAACUCGAGAUAUCGAAGAUGAAGGGAUACAUAAAUUUAACCGGGUAUCGUAUAAUUUCGGAUGAGAAUAUAUUACAUGGAAAAUAUGGAUUCAAGCUAAUUCAUGAUACAGAGAAAUCGCAUUAUUUCGCACAUGAUGACAUGGAGGCAUUGAAAGGUUGGAUGAAAGCAAUGAUGAAAGCCACAAUCGCAAGGGACAGCAAAGCUCCAGUUAUUAGUUCAAGUAAUAUAGCAACGAUUCCGCUUUCAGAAGCACGCAAAAUGACACCACGUCCACCAGAACGGGGAAGACACAAUGUUGGAUCUGAUGCGAUAAAUAAAAUUUCGUCACCUAUACCUCGGCCAUCUUCACCUGUUUCGCCUAUUUCACAAAGAUCAGGAUCACCGAUACAAUCAAGACCUUUAACACCUUCACUGCAACCAUUUCAAAAUUCUUCACCAUUAAUGAGACCAUUCAAUCAUAGGUCAACGGUUGAAUUCUUUUAA